CAAUGCUUUCACCGAGCAGUAUAUAAACGGGGAUUUUAGCAAGAAAGUUUCAUACUCAACCUGAUCACUCAAGGUCUCUACUUCCAUUCUCUACUCGCCAAUUUCAACAUGAUUGCCUUUAAAGUUUUAUUGGCUGUUUCCUGCAUUGCCGGAGUCAUAGCUGCCCCAGUGCAACAACAGGAAACUGUUCCGCAAGAUGGCAAAGAUCUUCAAGCGGCCGAGGGACAUCUUGGCGUUUAUGGUGGUUAUGGAGGACACGGUUAUGGAGCUGGACAUGGAGCUGGAUAUGGAACCGUUUACGGCGGCCAUAUUGCCGGCCACGGAGGUUACGGAUUAGGUUACGGUCAUGGACAUGGUGGACACGGGCACGGGCACAGCCAUGGACAUGGAUAUGGCCACGGACAUAACGCAGCCUAUGGACACAACCACGGACAUUCUGGCUAUACUAGCAUCAACAAAGUGAUCAGCCAUGGAUCAAGCAGCCACAGCAACGCUCAUGCCCACGGGCACGCUCACGGACACAACCACGGACACAACCACGGACACAACGUGCACGCUCACGGACAUGUUCACGGACAUGGGGGAUAUGGCCAUAACGUUCAUGCAUAUUAAAAGAUUACGCAGAAAAAUAUUUUUCUUUUACAAUACAAAUUAUAAUAAGCUUCAA